AUGAGGGAAAUCGUGCACAUCCAGGCCGGCCAGUGCGGUAACCAGAUUGGAGCUAAGUUCUGGGAGAUCAUCUCGGACGAGCACGGCAUCGACCCCACCGGCGCUUACCAUGGCGACUCCGACCUGCAGCUGGAGCGCAUCAACGUAUACUACAAUGAGGCCUCCGGCGGCAAGUACGUGCCCCGCGCCAUCCUGGUCGACCUCGAGCCCGGUACCAUGGACUCAGUGCGCUCGGGACCCUUCGGACAGAUCUUCCGACCGGACAACUUCGUGUUCGGACAGUCCGGUGCCGGUAACAACUGGGCCAAGGGACACUACACCGAGGGCGCUGAACUAGUCGACUCAGUUUUGGACGUUGUCCGCAAAGAAUCAGAAUCAUGCGAUUGCCUACAAGGAUUCCAGCUCACACACUCACUUGGCGGUGGUACCGGUUCCGGUAUGGGUACACUCCUCAUCUCAAAGAUCCGAGAAGAAUACCCUGACAGAAUCAUGAACACAUACUCAGUCGUCCCCUCACCCAAAGUAUCAGACACCGUCGUCGAACCCUACAAUGCGACUCUCUCAGUCCACCAGCUCGUAGAAAACACAGACGAAACCUACUGUAUCGACAACGAGGCCCUAUAUGACAUCUGCUUCCGCACACUGAAACUGUCCACUCCCACCUACGGUGAUCUCAACCACUUGGUCUCCCUCACAAUGUCCGGUGUUACCACCUGCCUCAGGUUCCCCGGUCAGUUGAACGCUGAUCUCCGCAAACUUGCCGUCAACAUGGUUCCCUUCCCCCGUCUCCACUUCUUCAUGCCCGGAUUCGCUCCCCUCACCUCCCGCGGAAGCAGACAAUACCGCGCCCUCACCGUACCCGAGCUCACGCAACAGAUGUUCGACGCCAAGAACAUGAUGGCGGCCUGCGACCCGCGCCACGGCCGCUACCUCACCGUGGCCGCCAUCUUCCGUGGUCGCAUGUCCAUGAAGGAGGUUGACGAGCAGAUGCUCAACAUCCAGAACAAGAACUCGUCAUACUUCGUCGAAUGGAUCCCCAACAACGUGAAGACCGCCGUGUGUGACAUCCCGCCCCGCGGUCUCAAGAUGGCCGCCACCUUCAUCGGCAACUCGACCGCCAUCCAGGAGCUGUUCAAGCGCAUCUCGGAACAGUUCACCGCUAUGUUCAGGCGCAAGGCUUUCUUGCAUUGGUACACUGGCGAGGGUAUGGACGAGAUGGAGUUCACCGAGGCGGAGAGCAACAUGAACGAUCUGGUCUCCGAGUACCAACAGUACCAGGAGGCCACCGCCGACGAGGACGCGGAGUUUGACGAGGAGCAGGAGCAGGAGCUGGACGAGCACCACUAG